AUCAUCAUGGAGAAAGAACAAACGGAAACGAGCGAGCCAGAAAAGAACCAUGGAGGUGCAGCAGAGAACGAGGACAAUGAAACAAUAGAGCUUGUUCUCUUUCAAGUCCCUGAAUGUUAUGUUUAUUUGAUACCACCAAGGAAAAGUGCAGCUUCAUACAGGGCUGAUGAAUGGAAUGUCAAUAAAUGGGCAUGGGAGGGGAUGUUGAAAGUUGUUAGCAAGGGAGAAGAGUGCAUUAUCAGACUUGAAGAUAAGACAACAGGUGAAUUGUAUGCUCGGGCGUUCUUGAGAGAUGGAGAGCCACAUCCUGUGGAGCCCGUAAUAGAUAGUAGCAGAUACUUUGUUCUUCGCAUAGAAGAGAAUAUUGGUGGCCGCCUCCGGCAUGCUUUCAUUGGUAUAGGUUUUCGAGAAAGACCUGAGGCUUAUGACUUCCAAGCUGCCCUUCAUGACCAUAUGAAGUACCUGAACAAAAAGAAAACUGCAGAAGAGAUGGAAAAGCAGUACCAGAAAAGUUCAUCAUUUGAUUACAGUUUAAAAGAUGGGGAGACCCUUGUUCUUCAAUUAAAGAAUAACAGUGGUCGGAGUGUACGGUCCAAGUUUUUCGAGCAGGGUUUGAAUAAUCUUUCUUUGGAGGAAAAAGGCAACCCAAAAGUUUCUGCAAUUUGUAUCAAACCGCUACCACCUCCACCAGCACCCCUUUCACCUGUUGUUGGUGCUGCAAAGUCACCCUCAGACCCACCAUCAAGUUUGAGUCUUGAGGGAACUCCAGACGACAAAGGCUCAGCCUCCUUGACAGAACAAUCAAAAGAAACACAUUCUCGUCAAAAUCAAAGCGCACAUGAUAUACCAGACGACGACUUUGGGGAUUUUCAAACGGCAGUUUGAUAUGGGCUUCAAAACUGAUUUGUUUGUGCUUAGAGAAGUUUGAAUUUGUCUCAUGUUUUGAGUGUGUGUUUGUAUAUGAUCAUUUUCGUUAUAUCCAUAUUGCAAAAUUACCUUUGAUGAGGCCAAAACUGAGCAUCUCACAAAUGAUAUGGUAAUCUUACCAAAAAGCCAUCAUAUUUAUUUCAGAGCCAAGUUAUUAUCAAUCUUUAUACGAGAGUAGCUGCUUGAAUGCAA